UCUCUGUGGGUUUGGUCUGGUUCUGUCUCGACACCAAUUCGGAGCAAAAAAAUUAACGCACACACAUUGACCCGCAGGAUUUUACCCGCCAACGAGCCCACGCGACACUUCCACACGUUUCUGGGGUUUUCUUUUUUUUUUCUUUAAAAAAACAAAAACAACAACACAAACAAAAACAGGCCGGUUUUGUUUGUGUGUCUGUUCUUUCCCCUCCGCAGCUGAAGUGAAGUGAUGUCCGUCGCGGGUUUGAAGAAGCAGUUUCACAAAGCCACACAGAAAGUCAGUGAGAAGGUUGGAGGAGCAGAAGGAACCAAGUUAGACGAUGACUUCAAAGAAAUGGAAAAGAAGGUGGACAUCACCAGCAGGGCGGUGUUGGACAUCAUGACCAAAACCACAGAAUACCUACAACCCAAUCCAGCGUCCAGAGCCAAGCUGAGUAUGAGCAACACCAUGUCCAAGAUCCGCGGGCAGGAGAAGGGACCUGGUUACCCUCAGGCUGAGUCCGUCCUGGGAGACGCCAUGCUGAAGUUUGGACGGGAGUUAGGAGAGGAGUCCACCUUUGGCCUGGCACUGACUGAUGCCUCAGAGGCGAUGAAGGAGCUCGGGGAGGUGAAGGAUGCUCUGGACAUGGAGGUCAAACAGAACUUCAUCGACCCGCUCCAGAACCUCCAUGACAAAGACCUCAAGGAGAUACAGCACCAUCUGAAGAAGAUGGAGGGCCGACGUCUGGACUUUGACUACAAGAAGAAGCGUCAGGGAAAAGUCCAGGACGAGGAAAUCAAACAGGCGCUGGAGAAGUUUGACGAGAGCAAAGAGAUAGCAGAGCAGAGCAUGUUCAACCUGCUGGAAAGUGAUAUAGAGCAGGUGAGCCAGCUGGCAGCACUGGUCCAGGCUCAGUUGGAGUACCACAGACGCGCCUCUGAAAUCCUCCAGCAGCUCUCCAGCAAGAUGGAGGACAGGAUAAAAGAAGUGUCCAGUAAACCCAGGAAGGAGUACACUCCCAAACCCAGAAUGACCCUGGAGCUUCUGCCCCCCAGUGAAAGCCACAAUGGGGGGAUUCACUCCGCCAAGUCUCCCGGGAGGUCACCAGCUCCCAUGGACCAGCCCUGCUGCCGAGCCCUGUACGACUUUGAGCCGGAGAACGAGGGCGAGCUGGGCUUCAAAGAGGGUGACGUCAUCACCUUGACCAAUCAGAUCGACGACAACUGGUACGAGGGUAUGAUCAACGGCCAGUCGGGCUUCUUCCCCAUCAACUACGUGGAUAUUCUGGUGCCCCUCCCACAUUAGGCUGAAAACCUCAACCCAACCAAUCCCGACGCCUGGAAAACAGCCUGUAUUUGCAUAAACAACAAACCACGCCCUCCUUCUACUUCUUCUUCUGUGCUUCUGUGCCACGCUGCUUUCACGGAGUGGACUAAAAUGAGAGAGGAGGCGGGGCCAGUGUAGGUGGGAGGAGUCGGCGGCAGCGGGGAGGUGAUGCUAUUUGCAGCUGGAGAGUGAGAGAGAGUGAGACGAGGAUGCAGAAAAACAGAGACAGGGAGGAAGACGAGGCGACGGUUGUUUACAGCACAUUUGCGUGGCCGCAUGGCCACGGAAACCAAUGAGGCUUUGUAGACCUUCGGUGUAUAUGUACGUGCAUGUAUGUGUGUGUACGUGUGCUUCCUGCUAAUGCCUGGAACUUUCCUCUUUACUCACUUUUAUUGUCUUGAGUCUUUCUUUAUGUCUUUUCUAUUUCGACUUGCCUUCUUGUGCUUUUCACAGCCAUACUUCUCUCCUUACUCGGCUAGCCUUGCCCCUUUUAGCAUGGCUCCAAACUGAUCAUUGAUAGGUGAUGCAGAGCUGCAGUUGGUCGUCAGACCCACCACUUUAUAUUUAGUAAAGGCCUUUAUUCGUUAUACGCAUUUUACUUGCACAUUAAUCAUGUUUUUGAACCCUUGUGACCGAGUAACAUCCUUGUCAGCUUAAGUCUGCGAUAUCUUGAGAAUAAUGAAACAGAAGUUUGUAUAUAUACAGUAUAUACUGCUCACUCCCCCACACUAAAGUCCAUAGAGAACUUUCGUUUUUAGCUCGCAAGGGACACAGGAGCUGCUGGUCUACUGCUGCCUUGUGUGGUCGGUUUGUGCCA